UUGUCUCGCUCUUAUCAUUUUAAUCUCGCAGUUGUUCUUGAAUAUCUUUACUGUCGAGGUAAUUAUUUUAUGGUUAUGAAGGCUAUUUAUUGAUUCAUGGUUAUGAUAAUUUAGGAGAAUGAUUUAUCAAUGGCCAACUUUGCUUUUCUUUUUCAUGGAUCAUUGGUAGUGCUUCAUUAUUUUUCUCUAACUUUUUUUGUUUUGUUCGUAUAUUGAUGUUGUAUUGCUCCUUAAUUCUCAUCGAUUCAAGGUCUCAUUGCUCGUCAUCCCUAUAACCGUGCAUCAUUUUUUUGCUCCUCAAUCCUAAAAUUGUUCAUGUAUUGCUGGUUUAUGGGAUUAUUGUUGAUUUUUUUGUUUUGGUGAAAAAUUUGAUAGCAGACCGUGGGUAUCUGUUACUGAUGUCUGUGUCCUCAACUUCUUGUUUGUUUGUGACAUUUUCUUGUAAUUUAUUUUUUAUUUGUUACAAGUUAUCUAUCAUUUUGCUUCAGCUCUUCAUUGAGCUUUUAAUGCUUUUACAUCUCAUCUAGAUUGGGUGAGGUUUUAAUUUCGUAUUUACCUUAUGCAAUCCUUCAUGAUUUUCCUCAUAAAAUGCAUGUUGUGUAUUAUGAGUUAUAAAUAUGGAAUUAAUCGUGCAUCUUGUUUUUAGGGCACAUCUCUUAUUCUUAUGGAAUUUAUGCCUGCAUCAUUUUCUUUUCCUUUUAGAAAUUUAAUUUGAUAGAUAGUCUAAAUUCAAUCAAUAGUCUAAAAUUUUAAAUCCCCAAUGGUGUUGAGGUUUGAAAAAAAAAAUUACCUUGAGUUGCAUUAUGCAAAGAGGGAUGGAUCGAUGUGUAAGGCUUUAUUUAGUUUUUGUGUUAUCGAAAAUGCAAAUAGCACCUUGCUUGGGUAAAAUAUUGAGGCAAAAAUGUCCCAAAUAAAUAAUUUUUUUAUGAACUUUUUAUUUUCAAAAAAUUUACAAGGAAAUAAUAAGAUGAUGAGGGAAGAUGUGACAUGGCAGUAUGACAUAAAAGUGAAUGACAAGGAACAAGUUAGAUGUAAUUUCUGUAACAAGGAAAUGUGUAGUGGUAUAUAUAUCCUAAAAGAGCACCUUACUUGGGUAAAGGGUAAUAUCACCAGCUAUAAAGAAGUGCUAUCGACAGUAAAACAACAAAUGUUAAAAUUAAUUAUUGAUGGGAAAGGAAAAAAGGAGCAUAGAGAAAUGGAUGCGAAUGAGCUAGGGAGGGGGUACGAAAGUCCAAUAGAUGAGGAUGAGGACCAAGAAGCAGAGUUCGAGGUGCAAAUGGAACGAGCUAAGAUUGCCAGCCUCCAAGAGCUGAAUUAUAAACAAAUGAAAAUUCAACAGAAGUAUAGGAGAAGGGAUGGUACAUCCACUAGCCAUCAGAUUCAACAACAUGUAGUACUGGGUAGGGGAGGAUGCGGGCCUUCAUUGCUUAUGUCAACAUCUAGUAGAUUAAGGCGUAGUUUCUCUAGUCGUCCAUCCUCUUAUAGUCAGCCAUCUACUACGCACUGAUAUGAACCAAGAGAUGUGCCACCAAUGACUCGCGAACCCUCUAGACUUGAUCCCCACAAGCCACAAUAUCAUCAAAAUAAAUAAAAUUUUCAUCAGCAGGUAUAUUAAUAGAAAAGGCGAAAAGGAUGAUUAACAUAUUCUGGUAUAUAAUGCACUGUCAUUUAAUUCUACGAGCUUAGACUUCUACCUAUAGAUGAUAUCUGUUAUAGCUAAGACAAGGCUAGGUGUUAGAGGCCCAACUGCGAAGGAGCAUGCAGGGCCAUGUUUAGAAGCUAUUGUUUAGGAUAUCGAUAAGCAUAUUGCGCAGUUCAAGGUAUGUUGGUCAGGUACAGUAGUGACCAUCAUGACAUAUGGUUGGAAGGACAAGUCCCACAGGUAUCUUGUCAAUUUUUUAAUAAGUUUCCCUAAGGGCAUUGUUUACCACUCGAGCAUUGACUUAUUAAGAAAUAAUCAUACUGGAAGACUGAUAUGCACACCUUGGACAAGAUUGUAGAUGAGGUUGGGCUUGAAAAUGUGGUCCAAGUAGUGACUGACAAUGCUGCAAACUACAGAAAAGCAGACUUGGUGCUAAUGGAGAGAAGACCCAAUCAUUAUUAGACUCCAUGUAUUAUCAUUGUAUUAAUUUGAUGUUUAAAGAUAUAAGGAAGCUGAAGAGGGUUAAAAUUUAUAUUUUAAAGUGCAAGUUGUUUUACAAGAUUCAUAUACAAUCACACAUACCUCCAUGCUUUGAUGAGGAAGCAUUGCAUACGAGAGACUGUUAAAGAGUCCACUACUACGUUCGCCACAACGUUCCUUACUAUACAAUCAAUAUUGGACAACAAGGCAGGAUUGAGGUCAAUGAUACGCUCUAAUGAGUGGCAGACUGAUAGAGCAGCAACGAGUCAACAUGGAAAGCAACCGACUCUGAUGAUAAACCCGCAAUGGGGUUUUUGGUUCGAUGCAAUGAGACACGCAAGAAAAUUUAUAUUUCAAAAUAACAUAUGGACUGAAGAGAUAUUGAAGAUCGUUGAUAGUAGGUGGAGAGACCAACUGCAUCGGGAUAUCCAUGCAGCAAGGUUCAUUCUUAAUCCACAAAACUUGUACUCCAAUGCCACCUUAGAUGAUGCAGAUAUCAUGGAGGGGGUGAGAAACUGCAUCUACAAGCUUGAGCCUGAUCUUGAAGAUGGAGUGUAUGCAGCUUAUCAUGUACAUGGAAAAAAAUGGGGAAUUUGCAUAGAGUAUGCCAAAAAAGUUGCUGGAAAAUUCACCCAGCACAAUGGUGGUUGAUACACGGAAUUCGAACAAAGCAAUUGCAAAAGAUUGCAGAUAGAGUUUUGAGUCAAACUUGUGCUUCCUCGGGAUGUGACAGAAACUAAAGUACAUUUUAGUGAAUACAUACCCAGAGACGGAAUAGGUUAAAAACUCAGACGCUGCACAACUUGGAGUACGUUCUUUACAACUUGAAAUUGAGAGAGAGACAUAUAAAGAUGACCCCCACAGAUUAUACGCCAAUCAACCUUGAUUACAUCGUUUGGAGGGACAUCAUCGAUGAGUGGGUAUCACAAAGGACCUUGCUAUUAGACCAUCAUUUUAUUAAUGGGGCAGUUGUCGAUAUGGAUGAUAAUGCAGAUGUUGCAGCAUCCAAUGAAGGGGACAUUGCAGUGGAUAUGGAUACUGACUGUGACGAUUAUACACAGGAUGAAGAUGAGGUACAUGAUGACGAGAAGACAGAUGGGACAAUGGAAAACGACUGGCAAGAUCUAGUCGUCCAAGAAUGUGAAGGGGCGCAACAUGAUGCAGUGCCCGAUGAUUAGGAAGAUUCAAUGAGAUUGGCUCAGGAGGAAGUCCAUGCAUCGAAGCAUAGUAGUUACUCGACAAGGGAGAGAUGAAGUCGUAGCUGUCACCGUAACGUCAUUAUUCAUGAUAAUGAUAAUAUUGAAGUUGCUGAGAGCCAUAACAUAGAACCGGGUAACAUAGAAUAAGGUGGAGUAACACAGAACAGGGUGGGGGAAAGCAUGAAGGGUGGACGAGUCUAGGAGACUUUAGCCAAGGGGGUACUACGAGAAAUGUUUCUAACUGGCGAGGGGGCACAACUACGGCAUUACAGACUCCACCAGGCCUUACAGUUUUCGCCCUGUAAACCUUGAUAGUGAAACAUAACAAUACCUUGAUCCCCCUUGCCACUCUCAUUACUAUUAGCCAUUGUUAAUUGGACUUUGUAACUUCAUCAAUCGAAUUAAUGUCAAAUUAUAAAUUAUCUUGCAUAUCUCCAUAGUAUUCAACUAUUAAUUUAUAUGAAAAGUUGUUUCAAAAAGUUUUUGUAAGAUAAAUGCAUGUAAUAUGAUAGCAUAAACUUAAUCUAAGUUUUCUAUUUUUUUAAAUUUUUGU